GGGCAAAGGAGUAGAGGAUGGGCAAAGCGGAAGACGUGGUCAUCACCUCCCAGGUGCCCAGCGAGAGCAUCCCUUUGCUGGGCCACGCCCUGCCCAGCCCCACCUACCUGAGUCAGGAGGAGGUGGUACAGCAGGCGGGCUCUGCCCCCUGGCCGGGCGUCCGCAAGGCCCUGCUCUGCCUCUUGAUGGCGCUGUUCGCCUGCCUGCUCGCCCUGGCCGUCCUCCUCUUGGUGACGAUGCCACGGCCACGGCCACCCUUGGCCUGGUGGCAGAAAGCGUCCUUCUACCACCUGCCCCCGGCCUCCUUCCCGGAUUCCGACGGCGAUGGGCAAGGAGACUUGGAAGGCGUGAGACGUCAGCUCGACCGGCUCCUAGCCUUAUCCAUCCAGGCCUUGGUGCUGGGCCCCAUCCUCGAGAGCGACCUUGCCAAUCUGAGCAGGAUCCUACCUGCCCAUGGGUCUCAGGAACAGCUGGAAGCCCUGGUGGAUGUCGGGAAGAAGGAAGGACUCCGAAUUUUGCUUGAACUCCCAGUCUGGCAAGAGGAGAUGGACCCCUCUGCAAAGCACAACCAGACCCACCGGCGCCUCAAGGGGGCGUUCCAGUUCUGGCAGGCGCUGGGGAUCCACGGAUUCCUGGUGGGCAAGGAUCCCGCCUGGCGUCUGGAGGCGGUGUUGGAUGCCUGGAGUGAGCUGGGCGCUGAGACGAAGCCGGAUCGGGGGCAGGAGAAGGUCCUGAUUGUCCGGGACGAGAGCGAAAUAUGCAACAUUUCUUGCCGGGUGCCUGACAGCGUCAUCCUCAGCUGCCGUCUGCUGGGAGCCGAGAGGAACCUGACCGCCCAAGGACUGGCGCAACGGGUGGAAGGGGCCUUGGGGCACCCUAGGGUGCCCUGGCCCGGCUGGAUGGUGAGGAGGGACUUGGUGCCAUGGGGCCCCCCAUUGAAGGCUGGCUUGGGGGAGAUGUUGGGCGUGCUCCAGCUCACUCUUCCAGGAGUCCCGCUUUUGCAAGGAGGAGAAGGAUCCCCUGUUCCGUUGCAGAAUGAGUCCACGGAAGGAAGCUCUGACCGGCCUCUGCUGGAGAACCUCCACCGCUCUCUCCUGGUGCUGCAUGCCAGCUCCUUCGCUCUACACGGCGUCGAUUACAUCCCUCUGCCCCUUGCUGGCAACUCCGAUGACGUCUUCGCCUUUCUCCGCCCUGGAUCCUGCUCCGCGAUCCUGGUGGUCUUGAACCUGGGGCCACGGCCCCUCCAGCUCAGCCUGAGCCAGCUCAACUUCCUCGUUCCUGCCAAGGUACUCUUCAGCACCCACCCCGAGCCCCAGCGGGAGAGCAACGUGGACCGAGUGAGGCUGGCGCCACACCAAGCUGUCCUCCUGCAAGUGCCCAGAGGACGAGGGCAGUGAUUGGCUGCCACAGAAUCCGGUCCACACAGCUGGAAGCCA